CGGGGGGGGUCGUGCUAGGAAGCUGAUAUGUUAUUUCUCCCAGUAAAACAGCUGCACUUUCAGAUUUGCCGGGGACAGGGAGAGAUUGAGCAAGGAAGAGGUUUGCAGUCCAGGUCAUCCCGGCCAGCUUCACGGUGCCCUUGCCUAAGAGAGUGUGCAUGUCACUUGGAAUAAGUUUGAUGAACGCUCUCCAGACGCUAGCAAGGGAAGGGAGAGGGCCCCGGAAGGGAAGGGUUCGGCUGGACGCAGAACCUGGGGAGGAAAACAGAAGGUGCAGAGAGAGUUCUCUGCACACAGCGGGAGGGAGAGUGGAAAGUGGAGAGCUCCCGGUCCGCAAGAGGCCACAGGGUGGCGCUAGAAGCCCUUGCGCCGCGGCGUUUGCUCCCGGCCUGGGUCUUCGAGGGUCCGGGAGCGCGGUUCGCAACCCUGCGAGGAUGCGCCUGCCUUCGGUCUUAAGGUCCCCAACCCUAGCCAGCCAGCUGGGGCACCAGAGCCGGGUAGGGCCAAACAGAGCAGGACUGGCAUCGAUCGCCGCCCUGACAAGUGCAUCGAUUUCUAAGAGGAGAAAUUAAUAGGUCUCUUAGCCCUUCGGACGCGGGAGUUGCCCGCGGGUAGAGCUGGGAACCUUCGGCCCUUGGUAUUUGUGAACAUGGGAAGUCCCAGGAUCCCAGCAUUCAGGCCAUCAAAGGGCAGGUCUCGCUCAUUGGCCUUCCAGGCUGCAAGUCUAUAAGUCCCACGCUUAAGAGAGGGAGCAGGUCGGUACUGGGAGUGACUGGAAGUGAGUAGGACCCAGCUACCCAGUGAAGGACUCCUAGUAGCAGGUACCUUUCUGCGCCAGGCCCCAGCAUAAAUAGUCCCCCAAGUGCCUCCGAAAAGAGUAUACAUACAGAGACCCACCAACCAUCCCGAGUAACCAAACGAAGGCGGAAUCUCUUCUCAUAGGGAUCUGAGCCAGAACCAAGGGACUUGGCAGGGACACACCCCGCCCUAGUGGCCUCGGGAGGCUGGGGAGGGCUGUGAGAGGCGGAGGUCUGAGAUCUUCAGGUUCCACAAGGGAGUCCGACCUGUCCAGGCUGCGGGCUGUUACCCUCUAGGGUGUCAAAACACCUGUUGGACUCCAGGACCUCCGCUCCUCAGACCAGGGCGCCCAGUCACUGCUCCGGGUCUGCAGCCCGCGGAGGCGGUGCCAGGGGAGGGAAAGAGACGCCGCCAAGAUUUGGGAGCCCAGUUCCUGGCCCCCAACCCCUUCGGUAUUUUGGCCUUAUUUCCCCCAACACAUCUGUCCCCCCACCUCCCUCAGUUGACAGGCUAAAUAUUUUUACAUGACUUUGUGGGAGGGGCGGAGAGAACAGAGAAGUCGGCACAAACCAAUCCGUUUCUGGAAAGGGCGGGAGCUGGGCGAGGUCCCUGCCGUUCCUGCCCCAGGAGCUGCGGCGACCGGAGGCUGGAAGUCUGUAUGCCCAGGAGGUCCGCGGAGUCUCGGGGUGGAGUCCUGCGCGCCUCCGGACCCUCCCGGGGCUUCCGCUCCGCCUCCCUGGGGACUGUCCAGCCCCUGGACCCUUGUGUUCUGAAUCCUGGGUCAAUUUCUCCUUCUGGAGGCCUCUCUGAGGCUCUCCUGCUCCUGACUUCAUCUCUCCCUGUCCCAGCCCUUGUCUGUGGAUCACACCCGAAGCUGUGUCCAGCUGCCUGGCACAGGCUUUGUUUCCUCUGGUCCGACAUUCUUUUCUAUCUCCUGCUGUCUCUACUUGAGAUUUCCAAUCCUUUUGCCCCUGUGCCUCACCCCCCCCACCCACCCCCGACUUCGGAUCGCUGGGUCUGCAUCCCAUGAGACCCUUUCCCCCUGGAGGACACCUGGAGGACACUCAGGACAGAGAUGGUGGCCGUGCCUGCUCUGUGGCCCUGGGGAGUACACUUGCUUAUGAGCCUGCUGUCCUUGGGAUCUGGCCUGGACACACUAGAGGUGUGCCCCAGCCUGGAUAUCCGCUCUGAGGUGACCGAGCUUCGUCGGCUGGAGAACUGCAGCGUGGUGGAGGGCCACCUGCAGAUCCUCCUCAUGUUCGCUGCCACUGGAGAGGACUUCCGAGGCCUCAGCUUCCCACGCCUUACGCAGGUCACGGACUACCUGCUCUUGUUCCGAGUCUACGGCCUGGAGAGCCUCCGAGACCUCUUCCCCAACCUUGCUGUGAUCCGAGGGGCACGCCUCUUCCUGGGCUACGCCCUCAUCAUCUUUGAGAUGCCCCACCUACGGGACGUCGGGCUGCCGUCGCUCGGGGCCGUGCUGCGUGGGGCUGUGCGCGUGGAGAAGAACCAGGAACUCUGCCACCUCUCCACCAUCGACUGGAGCCUGCUGCAGCCUGCGCCUGGCGCCAACCACAUUGUGGGUAACAAGCUGGGCGACGAGUGUGCUGACGUGUGCCCUGGUGUGCUGGGAGCUGCUGGUGAACCCUGUGCAAGAACCACCUUCAGUGGGCACACUGACUACAGGUGCUGGACCUCCAGCCACUGCCAGAGAGUGUGCCCCUGCCCCGGUGGGCUGGCCUGCACAGCAGACGGUGAGUGCUGCCACAGUGAAUGUCUGGGGGGCUGCAGCCAGCCUGAAGACUCGCGUGCCUGUGUGGCUUGCCGCCACCUCUACUUCCAAGGAGCCUGCCUCCGGGCCUGCCCUCUGGGCACCUACCAGUAUGAGUCCUGGCGCUGCGUCACCGCUGAGGUCUGUGCUCAUCUGCGGGAGGUGCCGGGCCGCACCGCCACCUUCGGCAUCUACCAGGGCAGCUGCCUGGCUCAGUGCCCUCCAGGCUUCACCCGUAAUGGCAGCAGCAUUUUCUGCCGCAAAUGUGAGGGACUGUGCCCUAAAGAGUGCAAGGUUGGCACCAAGACCAUUGACUCUGUCCAAGCCACACAGGACCUGGUGGGCUGCACCCACGUGGAGGGGAGCCUCAUCCUCAACCUUCGCCAAGGCUACAACCUGGAGCCAGAGCUUCAACGCAACCUGGGGCUGGUGGAGACCAUCACCGGCUUCCUCAAAAUCAAGCACUCGUUUGCGCUGGUGUCCCUGGGCUUUUUCAAGAACCUCAAACUAAUCCGGGGAGAUUCCAUGGUGGAUGGGAACUACACUCUCUACGUGCUGGACAACCAGAACCUGCAACAGCUGGGGUCCUGGGUGGCCGUGGGGCUCACCAUUCCUGUGGGCAAAAUGUACUUCGCCUUCAAUCCACGCCUCUGCUUGGAGCACAUAUACCAACUGGAGGAGGUGACGGGGACCAGAGGACGACAGAGCAAAGCGGAGAUCAACCCCCGCACCAAUGGAGAUCGAGCUGCCUGCCAGACUCGCACUCUGCGCUUUGUGUUCAACCUGACUGAGGCCGACCGCAUCCUGCUGCGCUGGGAACGCUACGAGCCACUGGAGGCCCGGGACCUGCUCAGCUUCAUCGUCUAUUACAAGGAGUCUCCAUUCCAGAAUGCCACAGAACACGUGGGUCCAGAUGCAUGUGGAACCCAGAGCUGGAACCUGUUGGAUGUGGAACUACCCCUCAGCCGCACCCAGGAGCCAGGAGUGACCCUAGCCCCCCUCAAGCCCUGGACACAGUAUGCCGUGUUUGUGCGGGCCAUCACCCUGACCAGCGAGGACAGCCCCCAUCAAGGAGCCCAGAGCCCCAUUGUGUACCUUCGAACAUUGCCUGCAGCACCCACCGUGCCCCAGGAUGUCAUCUCCACGUCCAACUCCUCUUCACACCUACUGGUGCGCUGGAAGCCGCCGGUCCAGCGCAACGGAAAUAUCACCUACUACCUGGUGCUGUGGCAGCGGCUCGCGGAGGACGGGGACCUCUACAUCAAUGACUACUGCCACCGCGGUCUGCGGCUGCCCACCAGCAGCCACGACGCACGCUUCGACCGCGAAGACCCGGCGCUGGAGGCUGAGCCUGAGCAAGGCUGCUGUCCUUGCCAACACUCAGCCCCUGGGCAGGCCCUGCCCCUGGAGGCGCAAGAGGUCACGUUCCAGAAAAAGUUUGAAAACUUCCUACACCAUGCCAUCACCAUCCCGAAGUCCCCAUGGAAAGUAACAUCCAUUAACAAGAGCCCCCAAAGGGACUCGGAGAGGCACCGCCGGGAAGCUGGGCCUCUCAGACUAGGGAACAACAGUUCGGAUUUUGAGAUUCAAGAGGACAAGGUUCCCCGGGAGCGAGCGGUGCUGAGCGGCUUGAGGCACUUCACAGAAUACAGGAUUGACAUCCACGCCUGCAACCACGCGGCGCACACGGUGGGCUGUAGUGCCGCCACCUUCGUCUUUGCCCGCACCAUGCCACAUAGAGAGGCCGAUGGCAUCCCAGGGAAGGUGGCCUGGAAGGCAGCUGGCAGGAGCAGCGUCAUCUUGCAUUGGCUUGAGCCACCCGACCCCAAUGGGCUCAUCCUCAAGUAUGAAAUCAAGUACCGCCGCCUGGGAGAGGAGGCCACAGUGCUUUGUGUGUCCCGGCUCCGAUAUGCCAAAGUUGGUGGGGUCCAGUUGGCUCUGCUGCCCCCGGGAAACUACUCUGCUAAAGUCCGGGCCACCUCACUGGCUGGCAAUGGCUCCUGGACAGACGGUGUUGCCUUCUAUAUCACUGGUCCGGAGGAAGAGGAUGCUGGGGGACUGCGCAUCCUCCUCACCGCCACCCCUGUGGGGUUCAUGCUGCUCCUCAUGCUUGCUGCCCUGGGUUUCUUCUACAGCAAGAAGAGAAACCGCACACUGUACACGUCUGUGAACCCGGAGUAUUUCAGUGCUUCCCACAUGUAUGUCCCUGAUGAGUGGGAGGUGCCUCGGGAGCAAAUAUCCAUCAUCCGGGAGCUGGGCCAAGGCUCUUUCGGGAUGGUCUACGAGGGGCUGGCCCGAGGGCUUGAAGGUGGAAAGGAGUCUACACCUGUAGCCCUGAAGACAGUUAAUGAGCUGGCCAGCGCCCGGGAGCGGGUGGAAUUCCUCAAGGAAGCAUCUGUCAUGAAGGCGUUCAAGUGCCACCAUGUGGUCCGUCUCCUGGGUGUGGUGUCUCAGGGCCAGCCAGCUUUGGUCAUCAUGGAGUUAAUGACCCGUGGGGACCUCAAGAGCCAUCUCCGAUCUCUGAGACCCGAGGCAGAGAACAACCCUGGCCUCCCGGAGCCAGCACUCAGUGACAUGAUACAGAUGGCCGGCGAGAUCGCAGACGGCAUGGCCUACCUUGCUGCCAACAAGUUUGUGCACCGGGAUCUGGCAGCCCGCAACUGCAUGGUGUCCCAGGACUUCACUGUCAAAAUUGGUGACUUUGGGAUGACCCGGGAUGUGUACGAGACAGACUAUUACCGCAAGGGUGGAAAGGGACUACUGCCCGUGCGCUGGAUGGCCCCCGAGUCCCUCAAAGAUGGAAUCUUCACCACUCACUCAGAUGUCUGGUCCUUCGGUGUGGUGCUCUGGGAGAUUGUGACCUUGGCUGAACAACCUUACCAGGGUCUGUCAAAUGAGCAGGUGCUCAAGUUUGUCAUGGACGGCGGCGUGCUAGAGGAACUGGAGGACUGUCCACUUCAGCUACAGGAGCUGAUGGGACUUUGCUGGCAGCGCAGUCCACGCCUGCGUCCCACCUUCGUCCACAUCCUGGAUCGCAUACAGGAUGAGCUUCGGCCCUCUUUCCGACUCUGCUCCUUCUACAACAGCCCAGAGUGCCAGCGGGGCCAGGCCUCCUUGCUGCCUACUGAGACGGAGCCUGACCCCCCACCAACCUCAAACGGAGCUCCAGACUGCAGGCCCCCAUAUGGGCACCCAGGACACUGAGCAUUACCCAUUCUCCACCUGACUGGCCUCCCGUGGGCAGAGGAGACAGAACCCACCCCUUAUAGCCAUGUGUUCACCUCUCACCCUGAGUCUCCCUCAGGCAGGUCAAGAAUUUGCCUGGCCAGAGAGGGAGGCUCCUGAACGGACUCACAGAGCGAGCCUGUGGGAAAACGUGAGGGCCCACAGCAGGAGAGGUCUGCUCAGACCAGAGCAGGAGUCCUGCCCGCAGAGUGAGACACUGUCCAGACUGAGGCAGCUAGUCCACCGGAGGCAGAGACACACCCCCUCCAACUUUGGGGGUUUCACCAACAGUUUGAAAGCAAAUGAGUGGCCAGAGGCAGGCCUGGAGAUCGCUCUACUCACUUUGGGGCCUGGAGACAAGUAUCCAUAUCACUGCCUCCUCUUCCCUCUGUGUCCAUCACCCUCCUCUGCCGCACAGACCAGGACAAAGCUGGAACCCUAGGACCCUGAGCAAGUGGGUUCCCACUGGUCCUCACUUUUCCCCCAACCCACCUCCCCCCGCUCUGCCCAGGGACCCCAAGCUUGGUGCCCCUCGCUCUCUUGCCUCAAGGGCAUCCAUCCCUUGAUGCACAGUCUCCCCCCUUUCCAGUUGUCUCCGGGAUUGCUAGCCCAGGAUACUAAGGCCACGCAAGCCUCACCUUCCUCUCUCCCGUCUCCCACCCCAGCCCUCCAGGAAAGACCGGGAGACACAAUAAAUACUGAGGUCUGUUUGUACUCUGGCCCCAGACAACCCAUU